AUGGCAAACCGCAGUGUGAAUCUUGAUCCUAAGGUCUUCAGCAUUAGCGACCUAAAACGUGAGGGCAGUGCAAGACUGCCUCCCAUGUAUCGAGACUUUUACAAUGAAGGAGCCAUGGAUAUGGAGACACUGCGAGAGAACGAGGAGGCAUACCGAAGAUACAAGAUCCGUCCCCGUAUCUUGGUGAACGUGGAUCAUGUCGAUACUUCAGCAGAAAUCUUUGGUGUCAAGGUCCCUUUUCCUCUGGGAUUUAGCCCCUCUGCGAUGCACCAGCUAGCACAUCCUGAAGGCGAAGUGGCAACCUCAAAAGCAGCUGCAGCAGAGGGCAUCUGUAUGGGUUUGUCGUCAUACUCUACCGUCUCACUCGAAGAGGUCGCACAACAGGGGCUCGGCAAUCCAUUAUUCAUGCAGGUUUGCGUGCUGAAAGACCGCCGUACCACUCUGCAACUGCUGAAGCGAGCAGAAGCCGCCGGCUACAAAGCCAUUUUCGUCUCUGUGGACGUUCCGGUGCUAGGGCGUCGUCUCAACGAGAUGCGCAAUAGCUUCACCCUCCCGGAGGACAUGCAGUUACCAAAUCUUUUGUCAGAUGGCAGAAAAGAGUUCAGUGGUGGCAAUGCGGCGACGGCAUUUGACGCGAGUCUUGAUUGGGACAGUGCAAUUCCAUGGCUCAAGGAAAACACAAAGAUGCAGAUUUGGCUCAAAGGAGGUCAGCUCAUUCACCGAGAAAUCGCACAGCGUUCUUUCGCUGACGACCGACCAGUAAACACACCCGAGGAUGUCCAGAUGGCCAUUGACCACAACUUGGAUGGUGUUGUCAUUUCUAAUCACGGAGGAAGACAGCUUGACGGCAUUGCUGCCACGCUGGACACGCUUCGCGUCUGCGCACCUCUCGCCAAGGGAAAGAUCCAGAUCGCGGUGGAUGGUGGGGUGCGCAAGGGUUCCGACAUUUUCAAGGCGAUCGCGCUCGGUGCCGAUCAUGUGUUUGUCGGCAGAAUACCUAUCUGGGGUCUCGCGUAUAAUGGCCAAAAGGGCGUCGAACUCGCCAUAAAGAUGCUCAAGGAAGAAUUUGCCGUAACCAUGAGGCUGGCCGGAUGCGCAUCAGUCAAGGACAUCACACCAGACCGCUUGGCAUAUUUGAGACAGGAUGGAAUCCUUGCGAAGUUCGAAACUUCUUUUGUGGACAAGAGGGUCAAUGUUGCCGGUCUGAAUAGGCAGGACUCGCACGCCUUCAAAAUUCAGCGCUUCACGUAG